AUGGCAACCGGUAGAGGAGCCUUCUCCUCAGGGGGAAGUGGCUGUCGCUUGUUCCUGCAGAAGACCAAGACGAGUUUCGAGAACAGCGCCGUGCCGCCUCCGGACCCCAACCUGACGGAGUGGCUGGUUCUCGCCUGCGUCAAGCACAGUAAGAGCGAGGCGCGUAUUGUCGAGUCUGGAAAACCCCCAGGCUGCACAGCUUUCGAGCCCACGGAGAUUGCGCCGUUGCCCGAUGCACACGACGGCUCAACCAUGACGGUCGUCGGCGCCUUGACAACGACAUUUCGGGCACCGUCAAGUUGCACAACCGACUCUCCGCGACUAUACCAAGUCUGGUCCGAAAAGGAAUCGCAUUAUGUUGAGGGACCUCUUUUCACCCAGGAUUCCGGUUGCUUCCCUAGUGGUUAUGAUCCGGCGCCGACGAAUUACCACUCGCCUGGCUGGUGUCCGUACGGGUACACAACCGGCUGCUCAAGCCUUGCAUCCACCGGCACCGUAACGGAGACUGCCGUCAUAUGUUGUCCGACUAACUUCGACUACACUUGCCAAGCUUCCCCUUCGUCUGGGCAAUCUCUGAUAGAAUGCACGACGGCGUGGUCAGCCGCGGAGGUUGUGCUUCAGGGGGUGACGGUGGUGACAGAUGGGGAGGUCGGCACCACAACGGUGGUUACGGAACCAUCAAAUACCAUCACAGCCUACGGCAUCCAAGUCCGCUUCAAAUCAACCGAUCCGACGCCGGUACCGGUAAUCGAUGACCCUGGCUUCUUAGUCAUAAGCCGUACGCCGGGGCCUCCAAUAUCCAUUCCGACUGAACUCCCCGCGCCCACCCGACCCCUUCCCCCGUCCUCAAACGGCGUCAGCACCCCCGCAGCGAUUGGCAUUGGAGUCGGCUCCGCGAUAGCAGCCCUCCUCAUCGCCGGCGCGAUAGGGCUUUUCUUCUUUCUGCGAUGGCGGAGGAAAAAGAGGCCCAGCAGCAGAAGAUCCUCUAUCCCCCCUCCAGUACCGCCGAAGGAACUAUCGGCAUCACCGCUCCCUUACCGCACGGUGCCGCCGCCCUUUGAACUUUCGAACGAGGCGGCCUCGCCGCGCCCGCCCUCGACGUCCACUUCGAAACGACACCUAUCGAUGUCACCUGGCUUCGAAACGGCGCCGACCUUGGGGGUGUCUCGAGACAGUGUGGUGCCGGCGGGGUAUCUGGCGGUCGAGCUGGAGGCGCCCAGCGAAGCGUCGUUGCGGGAUAGAGCGUCUCCCGAGUCGGAGAGCAGCGGGUGGACGGAUAGGCAGGCUCGGGGGGGGACUAUGCCGAUGCCUUGGAUUUAA